CAACAGCUGCUUUUUCCCUUCUUCACCGUCGCCCGAGUUGAAGGAUUCGAGGCCGGAACACUCGCCACAUUUACCCACGCACUAUCUACGACCUUUCUAUCAGACGAGAUAAGGAAGUUCUAGGAAACGGUUUGAGACAACGACCGCUUUUCCUUAACCUUUUCCUCCACCGCGAACGAGAAAAGAACUUCGAAACCACAUCUCCCGAGAACAACGUCCCCGACCAGAACCAAACGACACACCUACACACACACGAAGAUGGCACAAGGCGGCGUCAAAUCCGCAUCGCGCCCCGCGCCGACGGGCAAACCCAAGAACAAGCAGCUCAAGAACGCCUCGCGCGUGGCCAAACCCCAAAAGGCCAAGGCACACUCCUCGGCCGACAAGAUGCAGAAGAAGAUGGCCGCGGGGCUGACGUCGCGGACGGAGAAGCUGCUGGGCGAGAGGGCGGGCCACCUGGAGCUCAUUGGCAAGGGGAAGAAGGCGAAGAAGGAGGAGAAGAAGGGUAAGGGGGGGUUGCAGGCUACCAAGGGCGGGAGUCGCAAGUAUGGUUAAGACUUGUCCACUCUUGAGAGACUUCGCAAGGAGUUUUUCAUGGGGAGUGGGGGUGAUGGUGCUCCCUUCUGUGGCCUUUUCUUGUGGAGGAAAGGCUUUGCACAGUAAGGGAAGGAUGGAUGGAUGGAUGGAUGGAUGGAAGAUGGCCAGAGGCUGGACGGGCAUGAAGCCGGAUGAGCACAACUGAGAGUUGUGAAGAAAAUAGUUCCAAGGUGAAGCCUAGCGUUCUAGAAUGAGGCUACAAUUACGAAAAGGAAAGGGGGUUUAACGACUAGAUACCCUCGCAUAAUCGAC